UGGGAGGCGUUUUUCCCUUCACCUCCCGUGGACUGAAGGAGACUCCGGGCAGGGGAUUGCACGGUGAGAGGAGUGACAUCCUUUGGAAAGGUGAGGGGGGAAAAACAAACAAACAAAAAAACCAGAAACGUUUCAGGACCGAUUAAAUCAACGGUACUCCCGGACCCCCAGGACUUCAGGCUGUCUCUAAGAGACGGAAAAUAAAGCGAAUGUCGUCCUUGGAAACUUAAAUCCCUCCAGAGGUGGAGGACCUUCGAAGAUGGGGCCGGGAGCCGGUUUUCCAGCUGAGGAUCACGGUGGUAGGUGCGUGCAAAGCUUUCCUAACGGUGGGCUGCCACCGUUUCCCCCCUUUUAGCUCAUCUGCAAGACUCCGAGGUGGAAGCCCUUAAAAGGAUUACAAGCCUCAUUCUGGUGGCGUUCCUAAAAGUUGCUGGCCGGAGGAAGAGAAAGCGUUAUGGAUACAAAGCAUCUUCCUAAAGAGUUCGCAUCUCGCCCAGUGCAGCCGCUCAGAGCAAAUCCCGGGCAUCUUUAGCGCGCCGCACGGAUAGUUUUGUAAGCAACCGCAAAUGAUGAAAUCUUCUACGGCAGAAGCUUUCCAUAAAGGAAGGAUGUUGUGGAUAAUUCUUCUAAGCACAAUUUUUGCUCUAGGAUGGACUACACCAAUCCCCUUGAUAGAGGACUCAGAGGAAAUAGACGAGCCUUGCUUUGAUCCCUGUUACUGUGAAGUGAAAGAGAGCCUUUUUCAUAUACAUUGUGACAGUAAAGGAUUUACAAAUAUUAGUCAGAUCACAGAGUCCUGGUCGAGACCUUUUAAACUUUAUCUGCAGAGGAAUUCCAUGAGGAAACUGUACACCAACAGUUUCCUCCACUUGAACAAUGCCGUAUCUAUUAACCUUGGGAACAAUGCACUGCAGGACAUUCAGUCGGGAGCCUUCAACGGCCUUAAGGUUUUAAAGAGGUUGUACCUGCACGAGAAUAAAUUAGACAUCUUCCGAAACGACACUUUCCUGGGCCUGGAAAGUCUGGAAUACCUGCAGGCCGACUACAACGUCAUCAAGCGCAUCGAAAGCGGGGCGUUUCGAAACCUGAGCAAAUUGCGGGUCCUGAUCUUGAACGACAACCUCAUCCCCAUCCUUCCCACCAACCUGUUCAGGGCCGUGUCUCUGACCCACCUAGACCUCCGGGGAAACAGGCUGAAGGUGCUCCCUUACCGGGGAAUGCUGGAUCACGUUGGCAGGACCCUGAUGGAGAUCCAGCUGGAAGAAAACCCCUGGAACUGUACCUGCGAGAUCGUGCAGCUGAAGACCUGGCUGGAACGCGUCCCUUACACGGCCCUGGUGGGCGACAUCACCUGCGAAACCCCCUUCCACUUCCACGGUAAGGACCUGCGGGAGAUCCGGAAGGCGGAACUCUGUCCCCUGCUGACGGAGUCGGAGGUGGAAGCCAGCCUGGGGAUCCCCCAGCUGUCCUCCAGCAAGGAGAACACCUGGCCCACGAAGCCCUCCUCGAUGCUGUCCUCGGUCCAUUUCACCGCCUCUUCGGUCGAGUACAAGUCCUCGAACAGGCAGCCCAAGCCCACCAAACAGCCGCGGACGCCCAAGCCGCCGCCGACGUCGCGGGGCCCGUACCCGGGGCCCAACCAGCCGCCCGUGGCCGCUUACCAGACCCGCCCCCCCAUCCCCAUCAUCUGCCCCACGGGCUGCAUCUGCAGCUUGCACAUCAACGACCUGGGCCUGACGGUCAACUGCAAAGAGAGGGGGUUCAGCAACAUCUCGGAGCUCCUCCCCAGGCCCCUGAACGCCAAGAAGUUGUACCUGAGCAGCAACCUGAUUCAGAAGAUCUACCGGUCCGACUUCUGGAACUUCUCCUCCCUGGAGCUCCUGCACCUGGGGAACAACCGCAUCUCUUACGUCCAGGACGGGGCCUUCAUCAACCUGCCCAACCUGAAGAGCCUGUUCCUCAACGGCAACGACAUCGAGAGGCUCACGCCGGGCAUGUUCCGGGGCUUGCAGAGCCUGCACUACCUGUACUUCGAGUUCAACGUCAUCCGGGAGAUCCGGCCGGCGGCCUUCAGCCUCAUGCCCAACCUGAAGCUGCUCUUCCUCAACAACAACCUGCUGCGGAAGCUGCCCACGGACGCCUUCGCGGGGACCUCGCUGGCCCGGCUCAACCUGCGCAAGAACUACUUCCUCUACCUGCCCGUGGCCGGGGUCCUGGAGCACCUGAACGCCAUCGUGCAGAUCGACCUCAACGAGAACCCCUGGGACUGCACCUGCGACCUGGUGCCCCUGAAGCAGUGGAUGGAGACCAUCAGCUCCGUCAGCGUGGUGGGCGACGUCCUCUGCGGCAGCCCCGAGAACCUCACCCGCCGCGACGUGCGCACGGUGGAGCUGGAAGCGCUCUGCCCGGAGAUGCUGCGCGGCACCGGCGCCGGGGCCGGAGCCUCCCCGGCGCUCCCGGGAGCGGGCCGGCCGCCGGCCGGGGGGCCCACGGGCGCUUCGCCCUCGGAGUUCUCGCCGCCCGGGGGUGCCGUGCCCCUCUCCGUGCUGAUCCUCAGCCUGCUCGUGCUCUUCUUCUCCGCCGUCUUCAUCGCGGCGGGCCUCUUCGCCUUCGUCCUCCGCCGGCGCCGCAAGAAGCUGCCCUUCCGCAAGCGGCAGGAGGGCGUGGACCUGACGGGCAUCCAGAUGCAGUGCCACCGGCUCUUCGAGGACGGCGGAGGCGGGGACGGCGGCGGGGGCGGCGGGGGCGGCGGCCGUCCCGGCCGGGCUUCGCCCGAGAAGGCCCCCUCCGUGGGCCACGUGUACGACUACAUCCCGCACCCGGUGACCCAGAUGUGCAACAACCCCAUCUACAAGCCCCGGGAGGAGGAGGAGGCGGCGGAGGCGGAGGCGGCGGCGGGGGCCCAGGAGGCCGGCGGCCCCGAGAGGGGCGGCGCUGGGCCUCAGCCCCCUCGGGUGGGCGAGCUCCUGCUGGCGGAGGAGCAGUUUUCCGAGACGGCCCAGGAGAACCCCACUAACUACCGGACCUUGCUGGAGAAGGAGAAGGAGUGGACCCUGGCCGUAUCCAGCUCCCAGCUCAACACCAUAGUGACCAGGAACCACCAACACCCCGCACACCCUCACCGCCCCGCCGCGGGGGGUGGCGGCGGCGGCGGCGGCGGCGUGGCGGGGGUGGUGGGGAGCGUGGCGGGAGACUUGGCCGGGUUCCGCCACCACGAGAAGAACGGAGGUGUGGUGCUCUUCCCCCCGGGGGGAGGCUGUGGGGGCGGCGGCGGAGGCGGCGGGUUCCUCGACCGGGAGAGGCCCCAGCCGGCCCCCUGCAUGGUGGGCUUCGUGGACUGCCUCUACAGCACGGUGCCCAAGUUGAAGGAACUGCACGUCCACCCUCCUGGCAUGCAAUAUCCAGACUUACAGCAGGACGCCAGGCUCAAAGAAACCCUUCUCUUCUCGGCUGGAAAGGGCUUCUCAGACCACCAAACCCAAAAAAGCGAAUACCUCGAGUUAAGGGCCAAACUCCAAACCAAGCCGGAUUACCUCGAAGUCCUGGAGAAAACAACCUAUAGGUUCUGAAUGGAAAAAAAAAAAAAGUUAGCGCUUUUAAAAAAAAAAUCAAUAUCUCCCUAACGCCCACCCCCCCCACCUCCCCGCCAACCGGCCCCUGUCGAGCCCCCUCUAUCUUACCCCUCUCCCACCCCGACAGAACAAAUCCGCAUGAUAACUAGAGAAUACAGAUGUGUGCUCUCCCCCUCCCGGAUGUGUUUCGGAGGAAGGGUCAUACUCAGAUCAUUAAUCAAUGAAGUGCCUUCGCAGACUUUUGCCAGCAAAUGUUAUCAAUCAUUAUUUUUUUAUACUGAAACUUGAGACUUUGACUGUGCCAUGUAUAAGGUAUAUGGAGGAUCUUUGUAUCGAUCCUGAUUGAGUAAAAUUCUAUGUGUCUUUUUUUUGCAGUAAUUUACUUUUUUUCUUUUUUCUUGUUUUUCGUUUAGGGGUUUACUUUUGUUUGGAGGGGAGGUGGGGGGAAGAUAGCACUGUGGCUUUCUUUCUCCUCGCCCAUCAUGGCACAGAUUCUGUACAUGUAUUGAUGAUGCAGUUUGCUGCAUGCCUGGAAACUGCAAGAGGGGGAGGGAGGGGGCGGGUCUUGCUCGAAUGUUCUCAGUCACUCUCUUGUCUCUCGCUCUCUCCCGCACACAAACACACACACGCACGUGUACACACAGACACACACACGCACACACACACUCAAAACACGUGCACACACAGAAAUACAUACACACACACGCACAGUUCCCCAUCCACCGCUUCCGCUUCUCUCUCCCCCCCCAUAACCUUCACCCUUCCUCUCUCACCCUCACCCCCUCACCCAUCCUUAACAAUCCACCGAGCCACAUGCUCGGGAUCACCCGCCUUCCCUCCCUUUUCCCCCCAUCCUCUCUCUUCGCCAAAUCACCGCAGCGUUUUUUCCUUCCCAUCCGCUGAGGGAAGUUCCAUUCCACCCCCAACCCAUCCCCAGCGACCAACUUAAAGGAUGUGACACACAGCGCGUACCUAGGGAUAAGCCACCUCUUUGUGACACUUCAUCCUGACGCCAAGAUUUUUUGGAGGACAUCCGCACUUUCUUAUAUAUAUAUAUAUAUCAAAAAUAUAUAAAAAAAGCAACUGGAAUAUAUCACUAACAGCUUUGUAGGAAAGCACUUUUAAUGUUUUCGCUCUCUCACACACACACACACAAAGAUUCAAAAACAAUGUGCAUAUAUUUAUUCUGUAAUUUCAGUGACUAUAAAUUGUAAAGGUAAUGUUUAAUCAUUGUAUAGUGAUUAUGCGUCUGGUAUAGCUUUCCUAAUAAAACGUUUUGAAAAAAAUACACACAUAUAUAUAUA